GAAGUUCAAAACCCUGGAAUCGCAGCUAGAAGAACUCAGCUCGAAUCAGCUUGCGCUUGUCACGGGCGGACGAUUUGCUCAGAAGGCGCGUUCUCUGGAUCGAAGCGUAGCCUUUUUUGGCUUCUGAAAUUGUUUAUGGAUGUGGAAUCAAGACUCAAUCAACAAUCCCCUUUGGAGCCAAUGGCAACUGCUGGACUCUUUCCUUCCCACUGGUGGUUUUGCUCAUUCUUAUGGCCUUGAGGCUGCCAUCCAAUCUUGCUUUGUGGUGGGCCCUGAGGAUCUUCAGGCCUAUACUCUCAGUGUCUUGGACAACACUGGCAGCCUAAUUCUUCCAUUUGUGUGUGCGGCAACUAAAUCCCUGGACUUUGAAACAUGGUUGAAGCUUGAUAGGCUCCUUGAAGUCACCUUAACCAAUGAAAUCAGCCGAAAAGCCUCAUCGUCACAAGGAUCUGCACUCAUAAGAGUUGCUGCUUCCGUGUUUCAUGAGAUUCCAUACCUGAAGAAGAUUAGAGAGUCAGCCUUGACCUCAAGGUCUGCUUCCUUCCACCAUGCAACAGUUUUUGGGCUUGUAUGUGGACUACUUGGCUUUGGAAGUGAGUUCUCUCAACGGGCAUAUAUGCACUUGGCCUUGAGGGAUGUUCUAUCAGCUGCUACAAGGCUAAAUCUUAUUGGACCAAUGGGGGCAGCUGUUCUGCAGCAUAGAAUGGCUGGGAAUGCUGAGUUGUUGUUGAAGAGAUGGAUGGACCGUCUAGUUGAGGAGGCUUGCCAAACCACUCCUUUACUUGAUGCUAUCCAGGGAUGCCAUGGUUACUUGUUUUCAAGGCUGUUCUGCUCUUGAAGUGAUUCUUGGGGAUGUUUUCUGUUUUCUUUUGAGACUGUUUGUCGCUGUUCCAUAUUGUGAAAUAAAUAUUUGAUCAUUGGUA